AUGGACGUAGACGUGGACGAGGUCGUGGACGUGGACGUGGACGUGGACAUGGACGUGGAUGUGGACGUGGACGUGGACAUGGACGUGGACGUGGACGUGGACAUGGACAUGGACGUGGACGUGGACGUGGUCGUGGACGUGGACGUGGACGUGGACUUGGACGUGGACGUGGACGUGGACGUGGACGUGGACAAUGGACGUGGACGUGGACGUGGACGUGGACGCGGACUGGACAUGGACAUGGAUGUGGACGUGGACGUGACGUGGACGAUGGACGUGGACAUGGACGUGGACGUGGACGUGGACGUGGACGUGGACAUGGACGUGGACCUGGAUGUGGACGUGGACGUGGACGUGGACAUGGACGUGGACAUGGACGUGGACGACGUGGACGUGGACAUGGACGUGGAGGACUUGGACGUGGACGUGGACAUGGUCGUGGACGUGGACCGGGACGUGGACGUAGACGUGGACGUGGACGUGGUCGUGGACGUGGACAUGGUCGUGGACGUGGACUGUGGACGUGGAUGUGGACGUGGACCGUGGACGUGGACGUGGACGUGGACCAUGGACGUGGACGUGGACGUGGACGUGGACGUGGACAUGGACGUGGACAUGGACGUGGACGUGGACGUGGACGUGGACAUGGUCGUGGACUGUGGACGUGGACGUGGACGUGGACGUGGACUGUGGACGUGGACGUGGACGUGGACAUGGACGUGGACGUGGACCUAG